UUAUGCCUUUCCAGAGACUUCUGCGAAAUCUCUCAUUGACAAGGUGAAGGAUGAGAGGGGAAGAAAAACGAUGCGAGUGUCCGAAACUGGCUCUGGGGGACUAAGGUGGGGUCUCCAGUGCAGGCAGGUGGCAGGUUGCUCCAAAUCACCGGACCGUUCGCGGGAUCCUGCCGAAGGGUAUGGGGCCGACGCGGGUGAAAGGAGAGGGUACCUUACGCGGAGUUCGGGCUUUCCCACCACCUGCUCCCGGGGAAUUUCUGGAUGGGGAUCCAAGUUUUCCUCUACCCCGGUUCUCUUUAAAAGGCCGAGGCACUGGGAAGGCGCCCGAGUUCGCCUAUCCCACAUCCGCUCAUUUUCCUUACGUGUCUUGAGCUGGCUGGAGGCGCUGGAUCUGGCCGCACAGGAGUUUUCGCGGAGUAACUGGCUGGGAUGAGCCGGAGAAGGGUGGGCUUGGCGCGUCGCCCAACGACGCAUGGGUCCCGCGGCAGGUGUCGGGCUGGGAGCUGGCGGAGGUGGGAGUAGCCCUCGGCGCGGACCCCAGCGCGCAAACCCACCCCCACUUGCGGGUUCCGCGCGUCUCGGCUGCAGUCGAGCCGCGCACCGCAGUACCGGGCGCUUCGAGUGUGGCGCUGCGCCCCGAUAGACACCCGAAGCUUUUAAUCAUCGGAGUUCUCAUCAGGGAACUCUUUAGCUCUUUCUUUUAGAAAAGUAAUGAUGGAACGUGGCUGGGUUAGGAGAUUGGGAAUGGACAGGAGGUGGAGGUGUCUUGAUAGGGUGUGCCGUUGGUUCCCAGGUAGACUGGAGAGAUGAGAAUGUUUUAAGGUCUGAUGUUGGGCCAAAGAGAGAGAAUUGACUUCGGUUUGGGAUCUGCUUGUUUUUGGUUGUUUAUAUCUUUUCUCUUUUGCCAGUCUCUUAUCACUGGUAGAAAGGUUUUUUGAUGGGAGAGAGAGAGAGACAGAGAGAGAGAGAGAGAGAGUGUGUGUGUGUGUGUGUGUGUAGUAGGGAGUCAGGAAUGGAGUAAAUUUCGGGCGAUUCACCUAGUUACGCAAUAUGAAAAAGGUGGGUGGGUAAGCGUGCCAACAGGAAUUUUGACUGAACAUGUCCCAUUUCCCAUUUCGUUGUUUGAUAACUUCUGGAGCACAGGAAAAACCUAGGGGAGAGGAGCAAAAGAGAGUGUGUUUCCAUGUACACACACUCACACUCACACACACACACAGAGCACGCAUUGCUUCCCCCACUCCCCAUCCUAUGAGAAAGCUUGACGGGCGGGAUGGCACACACAGGCAGGGGACAUGUGGAGCUUGUCUGUCAGGUCUGGAACAGAAAAGCAGUAGCUGUUUGUUCUUGACCCUGGGCCGGCUCUCUGGCGAAGCAAGCGAGGGAGCAGAAAGCUAACCGGACCGGGUUCCCCGCCCAGGACUAGACCGAGUGCUCUUCCGUGACUACUACUUUAUUAGUCUUUAUUGUCUUAAGGCAGCAGUCUGUUGAACAAGCCCUCCCCAGCAAGGAAGGAGCAGAGAAUUAUGUAAUUCAUUUAGAUAAGCUAGCAGUAACUUUGGGAGGCUGUAUGUAACAAGGCUGACAUUUCUUUUCCAACACAAGUGAGGUGAACAGCCAGCCAAUCCUGAGUAUUUGAAAAAAUUUAUCUGCAGCAGGUUAUGAUCAGGGAGCUGUAUUUUCAAGUAGUAACAGCACUGCGAAGAGCAAGCAAUGAAAGGCCAGCAUUCUAAUUGGAAAGAAAGAAGAAGAAAUUUCCCUCUGCAAGGGGGCUAAUUUGCCAACUGGUGAUAUUGUUCAGUUCAAGGGAAUGAAGAAUUCAGAAUAAUUUUGGUAAAUGGAUUCCAAUAUGGGGAAUAAGAAUAAGCUGAACAGUUGACCUGCUUUGAAGAAACAUACUGUCCAUUUGUCUAAAAUAAUCUAUAACAACCAAACCAAUCAAAAUGAAUUCAACAUUAUUUUCCCAGGUUGAAAAUCAUUCAGUCCACUCUAAUUUCUCAGAGAAGAAUGCCCAGCUUCUGGCUUUUGAAAAUGAUGAUUGUCAUCUGCCCUUGGCCAUGAUAUUUACCUUAGCUCUUGCUUAUGGAGCUGUGAUCAUUCUUGGUGUCUCUGGAAACCUGGCCUUGAUCAUAAUCAUCUUGAAACAAAAGGAGAUGAGAAAUGUUACCAACAUCCUGAUUGUGAACCUUUCCUUCUCAGACUUGCUUGUUGCCAUCAUGUGUCUCCCCUUUACAUUUGUCUACACAUUAAUGGACCACUGGGUCUUUGGUGAGGCGAUGUGUAAGUUGAAUCCUUUUGUGCAAUGUGUUUCAAUCACUGUGUCCAUUUUCUCUCUGGUUCUCAUUGCUGUGGAACGACAUCAGCUGAUAAUCAACCCUCGAGGGUGGAGACCAAAUAAUAGACAUGCUUAUGUAGGUAUUGCUGUGAUUUGGGUCCUUGCUGUGGCUUCUUCUUUGCCUUUCCUGAUCUACCAAGUAAUGACUGAUGAGCCAUUCCAAAAUGUAACACUUGAUGCAUACAAAGACAAAUACGUGUGCUUUGAUCAAUUUCCAUCGGACUCUCAUAGGUUGUCUUAUACCACUCUCCUCUUGGUGCUGCAGUAUUUUGGUCCACUUUGUUUUAUAUUUAUUUGCUACUUCAAGAUAUAUAUACGCCUAAAAAGGAGAAACAACAUGAUGGACAAGAUGAGAGACAAUAAGUACAGGUCCAGUGAAACCAAAAGAAUCAAUAUCAUGCUGCUCUCCAUUGUGGUAGCGUUUGCAGUCUGCUGGCUCCCUCUUACCAUCUUUAACACUGUGUUUGAUUGGAAUCAUCAGAUCAUUGCCACCUGCAACCACAAUCUGUUAUUCCUGCUCUGCCACCUCACAGCAAUGAUAUCCACUUGUGUCAACCCCAUAUUUUAUGGGUUCCUGAACAAAAACUUCCAGAGAGACUUGCAGUUCUUCUUCAACUUUUGUGAUUUCCGGUCUCGGGAUGAUGAUUAUGAAACAAUAGCCAUGUCCACCAUGCACACAGAUGUUUCCAAAACUUCUUUGAAGCAAGCAAGCCCAGUCGCAUUUAAAAAAAUCAACAAUGAUGAUAAUGAAAAAAUCUGAAACUACUUAUAGCCUAUGGUCCUGGAUGACAUCUGUUUAAAAACAAGCACAACCUGCAACAUACUUUGAUUACCUGUUCUCCCAAGGAAUGGGGUUGAAAUCAUUUGAAAAUGACUAAGAUUUUCUUGUCUUGCUUUUUACUGCUUUUGUUGUAGUUGUCAUAAUUACAUUUGGAACAAAAGGUGUGGGCUUUGGGGUCUUCUGGAAAUAGUUUUGACCAGACAUCUUUGAAGUGCUUUUUGUGAAUUUAUGCAUAUAAUAUAAAGACUUUUAUACUGUACUUAUUGGAAUGAAAUUUCUUUAAAGUAUUACUAUUAACUGACUUCAGAAGUACUUGCCAUCCAAUACGGUCAUUAGAUUGGGUCAUCUUGACUAGAUUAGAUUAGAUUGUCAACAGAUUGGGCCAUCCUUAUUUUAUGAUAGGCAUCAUUUUAGUGUGUUACAAUAGUAACAGUAUGCAAAAGCAGCAUUCAGGAGCCGAAAGAUAGUCUGAAGUCAUUCAGAAGUGGUUUGAGGUUUCUGUGUUUUGGUGGUUUGUUUUUUUUUUUUUUUCACCUUAAGGGAGGAUUUAAUUUGCUCCCAACUGAUUGUCACUUAAAUGAAAAUUUAAAAAUGAAUAAAAAGACAUACUUCUCAGCUGCAAAUAUUAUGGAGAAUUGGGGCACCCAUAGGAAUGAAGAGAGAAAGCAGCUCCCUAACUUCAAAACCAUUUUGGUACCUGACAACAAGAGCAUUUCAGAGUAAUUAAUUUAAUAAAGUAAAUUAGUAUUGCUGCAAAUAGUUAAAUUAUAUUUAUUUGAAUUGAUGGUCAAGAGAUUUUCCAUUUUUUUUACAGACUGUUCAGUGUUUGUCAAGCUUUCUGGCAUAAAUAUGUACUCAAAAGGCAUUUCCGCUUACAAUAUGUAGAAACACAAAAUGCGUUUUCCAUACAGCAGUGCCUAUAUAGUGACUGAUUUUUAACUUUCAAUGUCCAUCUUUCAAAGGAAGUAACACCAAGGUACAAUGUUAAAGGAAUAUUCACUUUACCUAGCAGGGAAAAAUACACAAAAACUGCAAAUACUUCAUAUAGCCCAUUUUAACUUGUAUAAACUGUGUGACUUGUGGCGUCUUAUAAAUAAUGCACUGUAAAGAUUACUGAAUAGUUGUGUCAUGUUAAUGUGCCUAAUUUCAUGUAUCUUGUAAUCAUGAUUGAGCCUCAGAAUCAUUUGGAGAAACUAUAUUUUAAAGAACAAGACAUACUUCAGUGUAUUAUACAGAUAAAGUAUUACAUGUGUUUGAUUUUAAAAGGGCGGACAUUUUAUUAAAAUCAAUAUUGUUUUUGCUUUUUC